UCCUCUCAGGUGGCAUAGCAAGGCUACUUAAGAAAUGGUGGAGAGCAGAGAACACCUGCCUUGUGCUCUAUAGCUAUCAUUGUGCUCAGUUCCCAGAAGGCAACCAUGAGGGAAUGUUUAUCUAUCCAUGUUGGCCAGGCUGGAGUUCAAAUGGGAAGCGCUUGCUGGGAACUCUAUUGCUUAGAGCAUGCAAUUCAACCAGAUGGCACAAUAGCAAGUGACAAGACGACGACAAGCGCCGAUUCUUCAUUUUCCACCUUCUUCAGUGAGACUGGGAAAGGAAAGUAUGUUCCAAGAUGUGUUUUCGUUGACUUGGAGCCAACGGUUAUCGAUGAAGUUAGAUCUGGAGCGUACAGACAACUGUUCCAUCCAGAGCAACUUAUAUCAGGCAAAGAAGAUUCUGCAAAUAAUUAUGCUCGUGGGCAUUACACAGUUGGCAAGGAGUUAAUAGAGCAAACACUUGAUAGGAUACGAAAACUGGCUGACCAAUGCUUUGGACUUCAAGGAUUUUUGGUCUUCCACAGUUUUGGAGGCGGCACAGGUUCUGGCUUCACUUCUCUAUUAAUGGAGCGUCUGUCAGUGGAUUAUGGAAAGAAAUCGAAAUUGGAGUUUUCAGUUUAUCCUGCCCCAAAGAUCUCUACUGCAGUGGUAGAACCAUACAAUUCUAUUCUGACAACCCACACAACUCUGGAGCAUUCGGACUGUGCCUUUAUGGUAGACAAUGAAGCCAUCUAUGAUAUUUGUAACUCAAAUCUGAAUAUUGAGCGGCCCACUUAUACCAACUUGAAUAGAUUAAUUGCUCAGAUUGUUUCUUCCAUCACAGCCUCUUUGAGGUUUGAUGGGGCAUUGAAUGUGGACUUGACAGAGUUCCAGACUAAUUUGGUGCCUUAUCCGCGAAUCCACUUCCCACUGGUCACCUAUUCACCCAUAAUAUCAGCAGAGAGGGCUUGCCAUGAGCAAUUAUCAGUGCCAGAGAUCACCAAUGCUUGCUUUGAAUUUUCAAAUCAGAUGGUGAAAUGUGAUCCUCGACGUGGUAAAUAUAUGGCUUGCUGUCUGUUGUAUAGAGGUGAUGUGGUGCCAAAAGAUGUCAAUGCUGCAAUAGCUGCAAUUAAGAGCCGGAGAUCUGUCCAGUUUGUAGACUGGUGUCCUACUGGAUUUAAGGUGGGAAUAAACUACCAGCCUCCUACUGCAGUUCCGGGAGGAGACCUAGCCAAAGUCCAACGGGCCGUCUGUAUGCUGAGUAACACUACAGCCAUUGCAGAGGCCUGGGCCAGGCUAGAUCACAAGUUUGAUCUCAUGUAUUCUAAGAGAGCAUUUGUACACUGGUAUGUGGGAGAAGGCAUGGAGGAAGGAGAGUUCUCCGAAGCAAGGGAGGAUAUGGCCGCUCUAGAAAAAGAUUAUGAAGAAGUGGGAACAGAAACUAGUGUUGGUGGAGAUGAAGAGGAGGAUGAAGAAAACUAACAUAGCCUUGUGUAAUUUCUAGGCACACACUCUUGUCCAAGUGUUGAACUUGAUGACUGUUACGUUGUACAGUGACCAGUAACAAAAUCUAAUGUAAAUUAUAUUUGCAUAGUAGCAGCCACUGGUUUUUGCAAUGGAAUACAUUUUCCAGUGGCUUCUUUCAUGGUGGCAUGAGACCCCUAAAAAUGUCAUGUGUUUUUGUAUUUAAUAAAAGCAAUUAAUUGUG